ACGCCAUACAACAGCUCAGCCAAGGGCUCUCCCGCACCGGCUCGUCCCGCGGCCAAGCCCGCCGCCAACCCCAAGGGUUCAAUAACUCUCGGCACGCCGGUCGAAACCCGCUUCGAGCCGCGCCGGACGCCGCCGGAACCUAAAGGCGGGUCCAUCACCGCCGGAACGCCGGUGCACCACGACAAGCGGGGCUUCGAGUUCUACAAGCGACGGAGCCCGAGCGGGCCCUACUACGGGGCGCCGCAGCAGCCCAGGCCGCAUUCACCGUCGUUUUCGCAAAACGCGACGGCAGCCGGCUACUCCCGGAGUCCAUACGGAUUAGAACAACGCCAGAUCAUCAUGGCGGACUUCAUAACCUCACAGCAGAUGCACGGCGGCGCGCGACGUGACCGGGACCCACCGCGGGACCCUCCUCGGGACCCACGGGACCCUAGAGACCCGAGGGACCCUAGAGACCCUAGAGAUCCUAGGGACCCUAGGGACCCUAGAGAUCCUAGGGACCCUCGGGAUCCUAGGGACCCUAGAGACCACAGGGCGCCAUCGCCGCAAUACUCGCCAAGGAGGGAAAGAGAGGGACCUGUGUCAGUCAUCCAGAGGCACUCCUAUCAUCCGCAUCCUCAUCCGCAUCCUCCUCCAGACGUGGCGUCGGCAGCCAGCGCCCUGCCCGUGCCGCGGCCCGAGCCCAAGCCCGAGCCCAAGCACCUGCCGCUCGUGUCCCACCACCAUGACCUAGGCUACCAUCAGUACAUCAGUUAUGUAGAUCCCCACUUCCCUCGUUCCCUGACAUUCCACAAGCUAGCUAAGCCCGAGCCCAAGCACCUGCCGCUCGUGUCCCACCACCAUGACCUAGGCCACCACCAGUACAUCAGUUAUGUAGAUCCCCACUUCCCUCGUUCCCUGACAUUCCACAAGCUAGCUAAGCCCGAGCCCAAGCCCGAGCCCAAGCACCUGCCGCUCGUGUCCCACCACCAUGACCUAGGCCACCACCAGUACAUCAGUUAUGUAGAUCCCCACUUUCCUCGUUCCCUGACAUUCCACAAGCUAGCUAAGCCCGAGUCCAAGCCCGAGCCCAAGCAUCUGCCGCUCGUCUCCCACCACCAUGACCUAGGCCACCACCAGUACAUCAGUUAUGUAGAUCCCCACUUCCCUCGUUCCCUGACAUUCCACAAGCUAGCUAAGCCCGAGCCCAAGCCCGAGCCCAAGCAUCUGCCGCUCGUCUCGCACCACCAUGACGUCAGACUUCAAGACAGAAUGCAGAGGGACAUAGCGAUAGCACAGAAGUACCAUCAGCAGCAUUUACAAUACCAGGUGUUAGAACGAGACAGAAGAGCGCAGCAAGCGCAAUUCCUAGAAAGAGACAGACAAAUUGCGAUUCAACAAAAUAGAGAACGCGAGCGCGCAAUGGCGGCGAUGCAAGAGCGACACAUGUCCAUGGAUCAACAGCAUCAGCAACAUCAACAGCAGCAGCAUCAGCAUCAACAGCAACAACAACAUCAGCACCAGCAGCAUCAGCAUCAGCAGCAACAGCACCAGCAGCAUCAGCAGCAGAUGCACGAGCGUCAUCAUUUGCAACAUCAACAGGUGGUGUCAUCCCAAGAGAAUGAGAGAAGAAACGCAGGCGCGGCCGCGGCCUACGCACAGCACAAACACCGCGCGCUCACGCCGCACCAUAUAGAAAGGAAGGACGCUCGUCCAGCAGUAUCAGUGAGCACAGUUAACACCGCGCCGGCCCAAGCCGCGGCGGCCAACGCGGCGGCAAACGCGGCGGCGACGGCGGAGGCGCGCCGAGCGGAAGGCACGCUGACGGCUGCCUCCCUCAUCGACGCCAUCAUCACGCACCAGAUCAGCCAGAGCACGGAUCCUCAGAGGUUCCCGCCGUAUUGUAAUGAGCGAGUCAUCAUCAUGGCAGCGAUAGGACGCUCACUGCUGACCAUAGAGGGCACGCUGACGGCCGCCUCGCUCAUCGACGCCAUCGUCACGCACCAGAUCAGCCAGAGCACGGACCCUCAGAGGUUCCCGAUCAGCCAGAGCACGGAUCCUCAGAGGUUCCCGGUGAGUCCUCAUCAUCAUUUCAGCGAUAGGACGCCCAAUAGUCCAGCCGUAUCAGUGAGCACAGUUAACACCGCGCCGGCCCAAGCCGCGGCAGCCAACGCGGCGGCGACGGCGGAGGCGCGCCGUGCGGAAGGCACGCUGACGGCCGCCUCCCUCAUCGACGCCAUCAUCACGCACCAGAUCAGCCAGAGCACGGACCCUCAGAGGUUCCCGGUGAGUCAUCAUCAUCAUGGCAGCGAUAGGCCUCCCCCAAUGAGCGAGCGAGUGAUGUAG